CCCCCAUUCAUCCCACAUCCCAGGUCGUUGCUUUUCCAUCUCCACUUUCAAGGUCAUAAGCCGAGUCCACUUCCCAGAUCUGGGAGAUAAUGUCUCCUAGUCAUGGCGACGCAGGAGCCACAGCGAGAAUCACCGGGCAGUGAUGCACCAUACAAGCGUGCUAGUCGCAAAGGUGCCCCUAGACGCUUCGCCUGCAAUGAGCCGGGAUGCGGCAAGCUCUACUCGCGAGCCGAGCACUUACAACGGCAUCAACUGAACCACAACGCCAAGGUCAUCCAUCGAUGCAAUGUCGGGGAUUGCACCCAGGAGUUCGUUCGCCUUGAUCUCCUUGAGCGGCACAAGAAGCGCCAUUCUGGUUCCUACGUCCCACGGAACCGCUCCAGUAGCUUCGCCCUCCCAUCUAAGGCCUCGGCCCCCCAGAUGUCCUUAACAGCAUCGCCGUCUUUUGGGGACCCUGGACCAGUCCGGCCAGCAGCUUUCCAGCAGCAGCCCCAAAGUGCACCAAGAAAUGCGUCGGUUCUUCUCUCACCCGAGUCCAAUGCAGCUCAAACUCCGGCUUCCAUGUCUUUGCCAAACACUCAACACGCAGGAUUGACUCAGGGCUCUGCCCCUUGGGCAACCAUGGAAGACAUGAAUCUCGUUCGUACCAAGCCCGGUUUCUAUGCCCGCGAACCGGCUCCCAUCCCUGAGCACAGUCAUGCAUCAUACGUACCAUUCGCCGGCGUUCCAAUCCCCACCGACCCGGCUGGAUUGAACAGAGACAACUUCGCCAUGUGGCUGUUUGACCCCCAACGGACCUACGCCGAUUACAGCAUGGCUGGUCUGCCCUUCCUCGAAGGCGGCUUGGAGUCCCCGUUCAAUAAUAACAUCCACUAUGACCACGAUUCGCUAACUAGUCGGUCUCAAAUUGACCUCACCCCUCCGCGCCAAUCAGACACGCCUGAGGAACUGAUCUCCGAGUUUCUUCGCCAGGAAGUGCUGCGGUGGGUUCAGGUGUUUCGUCAGAAACAGCCCAAAUACGAGCCCCUGAUUGCUGGUUUGGUGCACGAGGCCGGAGGCGACCUUCCUGGGCUGAACUUGGAUAUGAUGCGGGACUGCAUUCGUCACUACUGGGACCACGUGUCAGCCCGUUUGCCCAUUGUCCACCAGCCAACCUUUUUAGCUAGUCGGUGUUCCGUAUUUCUGCUCAUGGUUAUGAUUGCUUUAGGAGCAGUGUCACUCCACAGCCAGGACACGACAGGAACACUGGAAGAGUACGGGCCGUUCGCUGAUCUCAUCAUUACAUGCGUUCGAUGGGAAAUCCUAACCGCUGACGAAGCCUCGCCUCCUGUAGAUCUGUGGGUCGCGCAGGCACUUCUACUCGUGGAAUUUUACGAAAAGAUGUGCUCGACAAGGAAGCUUCACGAACGAGCCCACAUCUACCAUUCCGCCACACUCACCCUUUUGCGACGAGGAAGCCCAUUGAUAGGACGAUCUGGAAGCGAGUCUCCUCCAGAUGAACCCAUUGCUGCCAACCAUGCUCCUGCUACUGAUGGCAGGACUUGGUGGAUCCGGUGGGCUGAGACGGAGGCCAUGCACCGGGUCGUCUUUGCUGCCUUUAUGAUGGAUGUCGUGCAUGCAGCCAUGUUUGGCCAUACGGCAGAUAUGGCGCCCCAUGAAAUUCGUCUACCCUUACCCUGCGAUGACUCACUGUGGUCAGCAUCAACCCCGGAGAGUGUACGACAGCAAGAAGCCAAUCUUCGCAUGUAUGGCCUCAAGCCCGUCUCGUUCCUUGAUGGUCUGAAGAAAGCCAUCCACGGCGGGCAGAUCCAAACCCACUCUUUCGGCCGCAUGAUUAUCAUGUGUGGCCUGCUCAGUGUCGGGUGGCACUUGAGCCACCGCGAGACACACUUGAAGUGGCUUGACUUGACCCAAUCCCCCACCGACACGAGAGAAAAGUGGUGUAAGAUGCUUCUGAGCGCCUUUGACGACUGGAAGAAAAGUUUCGACGAGGCCAUGGGGUCGAAUGAAGCAGAAACAAAUACCUCGGGACAACGUCCCGGAUCCAAUGGCCUCAUCCAGAGUGCCGCAGUGUUGUACCAUCUUGCCCAUAUUAGCCUUUACGUCGACAUCAUUGAUUGCCAGGUGUACGCGGGGGCCAAGCGUCUCCUGGGCCGCAAGAUCUCAACGCGAGACUAUACCAACGUAGUGACGCGUAUGAAGUCCUGGGCAGCUCUUUCCUCGACGACACAUUCAGUUCUCCACGCCUUCAAACUGCUUCACUGUAUACUUGUUGACCACAGUCGACCGAGAAAACGGCCCUAUGAGUACCAGAAUGGCAGUUCAGGGGCGGCAUACGGGAUCCAGUAUUCAUGUCGCAAUGACCCUGACCCCCACAGACCUUGGAUCAUGUACUACGCUACCUUGACCAUCUGGUCCUACGUCAGAGCACUUGGCUAUCCCAGGAGUCCAUCAAGUCAAAUGUAUUCAUCUACCAUGAGGCGUACGGGUAUCAUCUCAGACUAUCUAUCAAAUGUUGCGCGACUUUCGGAACUCGAGUCUGCGGCUACUUCUCUUCAUAAGGACCUACCUCUUCUGUUAGAUGCUAUUGGCGCUCUUUCGGCUGAGGCACAUUCAGAACUGCUCCAAGAGGCACAUGGACGACUGGAACAGUGCAAGGAGAUCUUGGUGUCUGGCGCUUCAUAAGUUUGAUGUAAUCAUGGAGAUCGGCUGUUGACAAUAGUCACCUGAUAGUAAUGCAUCUUUUGAUUUCCAUCAUCAAUUCAAACCCUGGGAGCCGCAACCUGAGCAAUGCAAAUUCGUUGAGCGAAGUUGUGGAUAUCCCAGAUGGGUUGCUUGAAAAUCUUGUAGAGGCUAGAACCCCCCGAGUCCGUUACAUAGUAGAUGAAAGUACAAGUCAAACUUUCAUCGAGAAAUAUGUGAGUUUAUAAAAAGUGUCAAAUGGAAAUAAAUUUAGAACC